AUGGGUGAAACUCGAACGCGGGUAUCGAUAGGAUACAAGAAGUACAAGACAGUUUUACGGAUAAUUGGAGCAGUUAUUGGUAUUCUCGUUGGAAUUGCUGGAUGCGUAGUCUUUGCUGCGAUUUACCACAAUUACAACGCGGCUAGCUGGGCCGGUGUGUCAGCAAUAUUUGCGAGUAUUUUCCUACACCUCAUCGUUGCUGUAUAUCGCGAUGUCAAUAGGCUCUUUUCAGUGACAAAAUUUACCAUUUUUGUGAACAUCGGUUUGGGUGGCAUGAUUUCUGGAAUAAUCGCGUUCAUAAUAAACAUUGCCUUUGGAAUAGCUAAACACGAAACAGGAGUUGUUAUCACAGGGAACUUCAUAGUGUGUGUGUGGAACUUUAUGACUUUCAAGUGGGGCUUGUUCACAUUCUUGGCAGCAAGAAAAUUCAGAAAGAUUUAUUUAGAAGCAGAUCCUGAAAUGGGAGGUCUGGUAACUAGUGCAUAAAGAGGUAAAGAUGUGCUGUAUUCAGCUACAUACAAUGGUAGUUGACCUGACCUGUGAUCAAGCUAGCUGGAAAUAACUAGCUGUGAAGUAACUAGCUGUGAAACCCUUUACACCCCAACAUCAGUAUGCAUAUUCUCCACACUGUUCUCUGUACAUUUCCCAAGGUGUUGACAAGGAGAAUUUGUUUAACAAUCAAGAACUUCUUUAGUUGGUGAUCAUUUCCUUUAUUUGCAUGACUUUAAGGUUUGAUGGAAAGGUGGUGAUGUGAGGAGAAAUUAGAAGACAAUCACUCUUAGGGGUUAAAGCUUGAAAAGUUCAUCGAAAGCCUGAGAGAUCUUUUGUGCAGUGAAUUCUCAGUACAAUGAUAGGCUUGGCAGGGUCUGAAAUUUACGUGACUGAAAAUGGGUUAUUGGUGACCGGAAUUUCAAGGCUAGGCACCUGCAUGCAACAAGCUGUAAGUCUCGCAAAUGUUGUUUAUGAAAAACAGUGUUUAAGGUACAAAGCAUUUGUAAUUUUGAUUUGUUGCAUUUGAUCCAGUCAACUGAUGAUGAAAAGGAAUUGUUAUGUUUUAAGCACAAAAGCAUUUCUAAGACUUCACCACUUUUAUUUUUCUGUUUUGUGGAACCUUUACAAAUCACAUCUUUUUGUGACCAAACAAUAGCAUUUGGCGAUUGAAACAAAAAUGUUUAAUCAACACUUGGCGUCCUGGUACAAAAGUGACUUCAGACCCUGCUAACUAGUACAUGAAAUAACUGAUACAUAAUCAAGAUGAUAGAGACCCAUUCAGGGUGAGCAAUGGGAGUACAGAGCCAUAGCAAAAACUCAUGAACACUGAUGCUGGGGCCAAGUUGGAACCUGCCCUUAAAGUAGCUUUCAGCACUCCAAGCUGGGGAUGAUAGUUGAUAAAAAAUUUGGUGAAGAGCAGCAGAGAUGCCAUUUGUCCAGUAGACAUGCUGUCAGCUGUAAUGUUUCAUUAUUUAGUGUUUAUGGUGCAGAGUUCAACUCAGUUAAAUUUUGGCACACAAUAAUGCUCAGUCGUACAAAACCAUGAGAUGUCUAUAAUAGAUUUCUUAUAUAAUUUGAUAAUUCUGUUUUGUCUCUGAAAGAAGUACAGAACAUGGAUAGCCUAUCAGAGAUUUUGCUUGGCAGUAAUUCUGUUUUGUCACUGAAAGAAUUACAAAACAUGAGAUGUCUGUCAAAGAUUUCUUUUAGUAAUAAUUCUGUCUUGUCACUCAAAGGAGUACAAUACACAGAUGGUCUAUCAAAUAUUUCUGAAAGCAAUUAUUCUGUUUUGUCACUCAAAGAAGUACAUAACAGCAUGUAUGUCAAAGAUUUCCUUUAAUAAUAAUUCUAUUUUGUCACUUAAAGAAGUACAAAAUAUAGACGGUCCAUUCAAGAUUUCUUGUAGCAAUUAUUCUGUUUUGUCACUCAAAGAAGUACACAACAUGACAUGUAUAUGGAAGAUUUCUUUUAAGAAUAAUUCUGUUUUGUCACUCAAAGGAGUACAAAAUUAUUUAAUUUCACUCUGACAGGCUGAAAUCCCAGUUAUAUUGUUGUUAAUAGCAGCAAAAAUAUAUUUUUUAAAAAAUUGAUAGUUUGGUACUGUAUGGGUUGUUCAAGUUUUACUUAUGACCAGCACUAACUACUGGUCCUUGUUUGACUUCCCUGAAUUAUUUUAGCCUGCAGAACAGGCAUAAAUUUUAAGUGAUUUUCCCAAUGGCUUUUGAACAAAGG